AUGCCACCGCCUAUGCCAAGGAUACCAACAAAUAAUGAAAGAAUACCAACAAAAAUCAUCUAUUUAUGCUCCAAAUGUCAACUAACAUUUUCAACAAUUGAAAAAUUUACACAACAUUCAAAAUCACAUUAUCACUGUUCAAUAUGUUCGUGUUAUUUCGAAAACGAAUUAAAAUGGUUUGAACAUAACGCAAACCAUGAACAAAUUAUACCGUGCGAUUAUUGCGAACAAAAAUUUAUACAUGAAACACAUUUACAAUACCAUAAAAUCGAAUUCCAUCAACAAUUCGAAUGUAAUUUAUGUAAAAUUCGUUUUCAAAAUGAACAACAAUUAAAAUAUCAUAUUUUAAAUCAUAAUACCAACUUAAAAUGUGAAAUAUGUUUUCGACAAUUUACACGAGUGGGAAAUUUAAAUGCACAUUUACUUACACACAUAACCGAUAUUUAUUGUAAAGUUUGUUGUUCGAGUUUUAUCACACAAUUUCGUUUAGAAAAUCAUCUUUCGAUUCAUACUGAAACGGAAAUAGCUGAGAGUGAAAUAAAUCCGAAAUUUAUUCAAUGUUCGUUCAAUGAAACAUGUUUCGAAAAAUUUCCAUCACGUCUUCAAUUAUACGAACAUAAAAAACAGUUUCAUUUAAAAAUACAUGAAUAUCCAUGCACAAAAUGCGCGCGAAAAUUUAAAACUGAAUCUCAAUUACGUACACAUACAAAGAAUAACCAUCAAUCAAAUACUAUGUGUUUAAUAUGUAAUAAACGUUUUUCCACGGAGAAAAUCCUUCGAGAACAUUUACGAUUGCAUACAGGAGAAAAACCAUUUAAAUGUAAUAUAUGCAAUGUACGUUUCCGUUGCCAAAGCAGUUUGGUCGGGCAUCGUAUGGUGCAUAGUCAUGAACGGCGUUACAUGUGUGGAAUAUGUAAACGUACGUUCGCCAGGGCGUGUUAUUUGAAGGGGCAUUUACGUACGCAUCGUCAAGAACGACCGUUUCAGUGUCCGUUUUGUGAUAAACGAUUUACACAAUCGAAUGUGUUAAAGUCACAUAUAAGCGUACGCCAUCAGAAUUGUUCGAUUUGCCAUAAGAAUAUUGGAAGUAAGAUUUUAAUGCGAGUACAUUUAUUGAAAGAGCAUAAUAUUAAAAAUGAUGAAGCAUCGAAUGUUGGUAGCACUGUUUCAAACUAUGUGUAA